CUCUCCUUCUUCUUACUGAACAACAACAGCGGAGGCAGAAUCCCUUCCGGUCGUCCGACCCCUCUCUCCUCUUCCCGUCCGAUUCCUAUUCUUUCCGCCAUUCCAACCUUCUCUUUCCAUCAGACCCCUCCAUUCCAAUCGAAAAACAUGAAAGUCUUCUCCCAUCGCUCUUCCUUCUCUUUCCUUUUUCCCAUUUCUCCUCUUUCUUUCUCCUUCAUUCGACCCAUCCUCUCCCCCUCCUUCCGUUCGAAUCCGUCCAACACCUCUUCUCCCCUUCAUUUCAAUCAAAGAAAAUCAGGAAUCCGUCCAGACGAAUGGAGCACGCAUGGAAAGAGGACACAAUUCGAGUUAGCCGGUGAAGCAAUCAGCUGAAUUCCCGGCGAAUGUUUCAACAGAAGCCUCCCUAGCUGUUUAGCGUUCGAUUGACCGUGUAGGAAACUGUGAAUAUGGUUUCUUUCUUUCUUUUAAGUAGUAUACU